GAUGGACGGCACUGGGGCCGAAGGGGCGAAGCCCGGGGUGGAGGGGCAGCAGCGGGGGCUCCGGGCUCUCCCCGCCCCGUGGCCACUUUGCGCUCGCCCUCUCGCUAUAAGAGCGACGCCGCGCCUCAGCAGAGCUCAGUCGGCGCCACCAUGAGCCUGGGUUCGGAUAUGUUCGUGUCUUCCUCCUCCUACCGCCGCGUCUUCGGCGACGGCGCCCGCUCCGGGUCCCGCUACCCCAGCUACACGGCCUCGUCGGCCCGCAGCGGCGGCUCCCUGCGCUCGCAGUCGGUGCCCCGCGGUCACUACCGGCAGCCCACCGCACUGGAGAUGCUGCCGGCGGCCGCUGGCCUGGGCGACGAUUUCCGCCUGACCCGCACCAGCGAGAAGGAGCAGCUGCAGGGCCUCAACGACCGUUUCGCCGUCUACAUCGACAAGGUGCGCGGGCUGGAGCAGCAGAACCGCGGCUUGGAGGUCGAGCUGGCGGCGCUGAGGCAGCGCUCGGCGGAGCCGCCCCGCCUGGCCGAGCUAUACGAGCACGAGGUGCGGGAGCUGCGGUCCCGGGCCGACGAGCUGAACUCGGGCCGCUGCCAGGCGCUGCUGGAGCGGGACGGCCUGGAGCUGGAGCUGCAGCAGACGAUCCAGCGGCUGGACGAGGAGCAGCGGCAGCGCGGCCAGGCCGAGGCGGAGGCGAGGGCUCUCCGCCGGGAUGUGGACGGCGCCACGCUGGCCCGCCUGGAGCUGGAGAAGCGGGCGGAGGCGCUGCUGGAGGAGCUGGCCUUCGUGCGCAAGCUACACGGCGAGGAGGUGCAGGAGUUGCGGGCUCUGCUCCACGCCGCGCAGCAGCCGGCAGAGGUGGACGCGAUGCCGGCCCGCCCGGAGCUCACCACCGCCCUGCGCGACAUCCGCUCCGAGUACGAGAGCCUGGCGGCGCGCAACACGCAGUCGGCCGAGGACUGGUACAAGACCAAGUUCGCCGACAUGACCGAGGCGGCGGCCAAGAACAGCGAAGCGCUGCGGGCCAACCGCGAGGAGCUUAGCGAGUACCGGCGGCAGCUGCAGUCCCGCACCAUCGAGGUGGAGGCGGUGCGCGGCACCAACCAGUCGCUGGAGCGCCAGCUGCAGGAGAUGGAGGAUCGCCAUAGCGCCGAGGUCGCCGGCUACCAGGAUGCAAUCAGCCAGGUGGAGGAUGAACUGAGGAACACCAAGACUGAGAUGGCCCGUCAUCUCCGGGAGUACCAAGAUCUCCUCAACGUGAAAAUGGCCCUGGACAUAGAGAUUGCUGCCUACAGGAAGCUUCUGGAGGGAGAGGAGACCAGACUCAAUACCAACAUCACCGGCUUCUCACUCACCAGCAUGCCAAACCUCUUGCCUCCCGUCCAGCCACGGUUCACCACCACUGCCAAGACCACCACCUCCUCCUCCUCCUCCUCCACCAUUGGGGCCUCCAAGAGCAAACAGGAAGUGGGGGUCAAACCACUGGAGAAAUCUUCCAAACCAAAAGCUGAGGCUUAUGAGGAAAUCAUUGAAGAGACCAUCGUGUCCACCAAGAAGGUGGAGCGGGAGGAGCAGACCUCAAUGGGUCACAAGACGGCUAAGAGCAGUCCCCCAAAGGUCACGGUGCCUUGAACUUCCCCUGCCCCCCUCCACCCAGGGUAGAUCGAAGAAGCACAGUUCUUGCCCAAGCUGCUGCCGUGUCCACGGGUGGAUCUCCCACUCACUCCCUUGUGUAAGAUCAGAUUUCAAUCCUCAGCCUAGUAGUGAAUGACCUCCAGCCAAUAUUCGUUGAGGCAAAGAAUCAAGUUAUCCUGGUGUUGUGAUCCUUGUGGGGUGAUUGGUCUGUUCCUGUAAUUGUGCCCAGAAAGCCAAACUUGGGUGACCACAGCCCAGUGGGAAUGGAGAUGCUGACUGGUGUCUGCCAUUCAUCACGAGCACAGCAGAAUUGCUGCCUGUUGGUCUGUCCUGUGUAGCUUGUUGUCCAUGUUGUCUAGGAGUUAGUUACUUGUGACCCCGUCUCUGAAGUCCCUCUGGUGCCCACACUUUCUGCUGAGAGUUCUCCACAGAAUUGCCUUAAGAGCCAGCAGCUGCUGGGAUGGUUCCAGGGUCGGGUCUGAAGAUAUUGGUUUGUGUAGCUGUGAAGUGUAAAGGGUGGAGGGUCACGAUACCUUGCUGGGUGUUGACGCAGUAACCAGAAACUACGUACAUUCCAAACUUUUCAGUAAAUAAACCCAAAACACAAUCAA